AGCUCAAUCUUUAAAAUGUUUAUUUUUCUGUACACACUCACGGUUUUCUAUCACCCUUAUGCCAAGGCGGAAAACAGUCUUUGCCAAAUGAUGGGGGAUCCUAAGGAUCCUCUGCUGAUCAAGGAUGGAGACAUAACUAUUGGAGGACUUUUUGCAAUCCGCAGUGUAGAAACAUUAUCUUCUUUUGAAUUUGUACGAAAACCUCAGCUUCAAUCAUGCUCUAGCGUGAAUCCUAGAGAUUUCCGAAUGGCUCAAACUAUGACAUUUGCAGUUGAGGAGAUUAACAAAAGUGAAACAUUGCUGCCAAAUGUUUCUAUCGGCUAUAAAAUAUUUGACACCUGUGGAUCAAGACUGUCAUCUAUGAGUGCAACUAUGGCAGUGAUGAAUGGUCAGGAGUUUGCAGCAGGAGACAGAUGCAAUGGACAGCCUCCUAUACAUGCUAUUAUAGGGGAAACAGAGUCCUCUGCCACAGUGAUUUUGUCCAGAACCACAGGACCUUUCAAAAUUCCAGUGGUAAGCCACUCAGCCACAUGCGAGUGUCUCAGUAAUAGGAGAGAUUACCCUUCAUUCUUCAGGACUAUUGCUAGUGAUUAUCAUCAGAGCAGAGCUCUUGCAUACUUAGUCAAACACUUUGGCUGGACUUGGGUUGGAGCUGUGAACACUGACAAUGAUUAUGGAAACAAUGGAAUGGCCACAUUUCUGAAUACAGCGCAGGAGGAGGGGAUUUGUGUAGAGUACUCUGUGAAAUUUUACAGAACAGAGCCUGAAAAACUCCUAAAAGUGGUAAACAUCAUAAAAGAAGGAACUUCAAAAGUAAUCAUUGCAUUUCUUACCAGUUUAGAAAUGGAAAAUCUAAUUGAGCAGCUAAGUAUUCAAAACAUCACAGGCCUCCAAAUGAUUGGGGUGGAAGGAUGGAUAACAUCAAAGAGUUUGCUUACACCAAAUAUUUUUCAUGUGCUGGGAGGGUCACUUGGCUUUGCAGUGCGAAAACUUGAUAUUGAAGGAUUUUCAGACUAUGUAUUAAAAGCAUUCUGGGAAACAGCUUUUCCAUGCUCACCUGGGGAUAGAAAUUUUUCGCAUUACAGAGUAAACUGCAGCAGAUAUCAGGAUCUACUUGUGCUUAAAAAUUACAAUGAAGAUGUGCCUGAGCAAAGAUAUUCAAGCAAUGUGUACAAAGCAGUGUAUGCUGUGGCUCAUGCACUACACAGUUUGCUCGACUGCAAAAGCCAAAAAGGUUGUGAGAAAGGCCUGACAAUACAGCCACAGCAGGUCGUUGAGGCUUUGAAAAAAGUUAAUUUCCCAGUAAAGAUGGGAGAUCGUGUGUGGUUUGACAGCACUGGUGCUGCAGUAGCCCAGUAUGAAGUUGUAAACUGGCAGCAGGACUCAGAUGGAUCAAUCCAGUUUAAAGCAGUGGGUUACUAUGAUGGCUCACUGCCUCCUGACCAGCGCUUUGUACUGAACACUAAAAACAUAAUAUGGGCUGGAGGACAGCUGGAGAAGCCAAGGUCUGUGUGCAGUGAGAGUUGUCCUCCAGGCACUAGGAAAGCUGCACAGAAAGGAAGACCUGUCUGCUGUUAUGACUGUAUUACAUGUGCAGAUGGAGAAAUCAGUAAUGAGACAGAUUCAAAUAACUGCCAGCAGUGUCCAGGGGAAUACUGGUCUAAUACUGAGAACACUGAAUGUGUGUUAAAGACUGUAGAGUUUCUGUCAUUCACAGAAGUUAUGGGUAUAGUGUUAGUCUUUUUCUCUCUGUUUGGAGUAGGAAUAACUUUACUGGUGGCCAUCCUGUUUUACAGUAAGAAGGACACUCCCAUAGUAAAAGCCAACAACUCAGAGCUGAGCUUCCUGUUGCUCUUCUCAUUGAUUCUGUGUUUUCUCUGUUCACUUACUUUCAUUGGUCGCCCCACUGAGUGGUCCUGUAUGUUGCGUCACACAGCGUUUGGAAUCACUUUUGUACUCUGUAUCUCCUGUGUUCUGGGGAAAACAAUAGUGGUGUUGAUGGCAUUCAGGGCUACACUUCCAGGAAGUAAUGUCAUGAAAUGGUUUGGGCCUGCACAACAGAGACUCAGUGUUUUUGCCUUUACACUUAUACAAGUUCUUAUCUGUGUGUUUUGGCUAACAAUAUCUCCUCCUUUCCCCUAUAAAAAUAUGAAAUAUUAUAAGGAAACAAUUAUUUUUGAAUGCAGUCUGGGUUCUACUAUAGGUUUCUUUGCUGUGUUGGGUUACGUUGGUCUCCUGGCUGUCUUGUGCUUCAUUCUGGCUUUUCUGGCCCGGAGGCUUCCUGAUAAUUUCAAUGAAGCUAAAUUCAUCACAUUCAGUAUGCUCAUAUUCUGUGCUGUAUGGAUCACAUUUAUCCCAGCUUACGUCAGUUCACCUGGAAAAUUUACUGUAGCUGUGGAGAUUUUUGCCAUUUUAGCUUCAAGCUUUGGUUUACUAUUCUGCAUAUUUGCACCUAAAUGUUACAUCAUUCUGUAUAAGCCUGAGCGAAAUACAAAACAACAUGUGAUGGGCAAAACACAACAUAAGUGCUACUGA